UGGCCUGUUUUGGUUGCAUGCUGGAUCAAAUUUGAGACAUGUAAAUAAGUCUACAAAAUUGUAAGUACUGACAGUAAAAAUUGUAAGUGCUGGCCAUCCGACUGCUGACAAGUUUGUGCUACUUUUCUUGUUUAUACAUAUCCGGUAUUUUGUACCAAAACUGCGUAUGAUCUGAAAGUAACAGCCUUUGCUAUGUUUUACCCAUUUCACUGGGAAUGGGCCUAUAGCAACACUGCACACUUUUUGUUAGGAGCCAUAUCAGACUGUACAUUGUCAAUAAUAUGUAAUGGUCAUUAUUUAUCAGUUUGUAAACCUGAAAGUGAAAACUGAAUUUUCUUCUCUCAGUGAGUGAGUUGAAUCCACUGAGAAGGAAACAAAACAGGAGCCAUUUUAAAUACUUCUAUAACUGUCUAUAAACUUUGGAAUAUAGAUGCAUAACAAAAAAUAUAUAAUAUUUUGGCCAGUUCUGUAUUAAUCACUAAGAAGAAGUUAUCGAAGUUCCAGUAACUAAUGGACAAAGCAGAAGGGUUAAAAGAUCGAGAGUUUUCUCCAAAAAGAUCAAGAAAGCGAUCAAGAUCAGUCUCUUCGGAGUCCACCUUCCUGUCUAUGAAAAGCAACAAAUCUAUUGUUGAUCCGCCAAAUUUAAAAGAUGGCAGAAUGUCACCUGAAAGCAGACUAAACACCAUAAGAUCAGGAAUAAGAUCAAGAUCAGUCUCUACAGCACCCAGCUAUCUGACUAUGAAAAGCAAUAUGUCUAUUGUUGAUCCACCCAACUUAAAAGAUGACACAGUAUCACCUGGAGAGAGCUCAAACUCUUUUAUAACCAGCAUGCUGUCCAUCAGAAAUAACUGGUCUAGAGAUACAUCUAACAUUGAGAAAGAGGGAGACAUGGUACUACAACAAAGCUUUGAAUCUGAACAUGAUGGUUCAGCUGUUUUUGAGAAAUUCAAAUCAAACAUGCAAGAAAAAUUUCAGUGUUUGCAUGAAGGAACAGCAAAUCAGGGAACUUUGACAGUCCUCAAUGACAUCUACACAAAAGUCUACAUCACAGAGGAUGGAGGUGGAGAAGUCAAUAAUGAACAUGAGAUCAGACAAAUUGAAAUAUUUAGGAGAGCAAGAACAGAAGAUACACCAGUCAAUCUGAAUGACAUCUUCAAACCCUUACCUGGACAAGACAAACCCAUCAGAACUGUUCUGACUAAAGGAGUAGCUGGCAUUGGAAAAACAGUCUCUGUGCAGAAGUUCAUUCUGGACUGGGCUGAAGGGAAAGCAAAUCAAGACGCCCACCUCAUAUUACCACUUCCUUUCAGAGAGCUCAAUUUUAUGAAGAAUCAAAGUCUCAGUCUCCUGGGACUUUUUAAUACAUUUUUCAUGGGAACAAAGGAAUUGGAAAUAAACAGUGAUCAAUAUAAAGUUUACAUUAUUUUGGAUGGUUUGGAUGAGUGUCGUCUGUCUCUGGAUUUUCAGAACAGCAUGAGGUUGUGUGAUGCGACUGAAUCUGCUUCAGUAGACGUGCUGCUGACAAACCUCAUUGUGGGGAAUCUGCUUCCCUCUGCUCUCAUCUGGAUCACCUCCAGACCAGCAGCAGCUGAUCUCAUUCCCUCUGAGUGUGUCCAUCGAGUGACAGAGGUACAAGGCUUUAAUGACCCUCAGAAGGAAGAAUACUUCAGGAAGAGAAUCACUGAUGAGAGUCUGGCUGAGAGAAUCAUCUCACACCUGAAGUCAUCAAGGAGCCUCUUCAUCAUGUGUCACAUCCCAGUGUUCUGCUGGAUCUCAGCCACUGUUCUAGAGAAGAUGUUGAGUGAAGCAGAGAGUGGAGAAAUUCCCAAGACUCUCACUCAAAUGUACACACACUUCCUGGUCCUUCAGACCAAAAUCAACAAUGAGAAAGACUAUGACAAGAAAGUGAAUGAUGAAGACAUGAUCUACAAACUGAGCAAACUGGCUUUUCAGCAGCUUAUGGAAGGAAAUCUGAUCUUUUAUGAAGAAGAUCUGAGAGAGUGUGGCAUUGAUGUGACAGAAGCAUCAGUGUACUCAGGAUUGUGCACUCAGAUCUUUAGAGAGGAGUUUGUACUGUGUCAGAGAAGAGUCUACUGUUUUGUUCAUCUGACUAUGCAGGAACAUCUUGCAGCCCUGUAUGUGUACCUCUCCUUUAUCAACAAUAAGAUAAAUGUGUUCAAUAUCACACCAGAUCAAUAUACCACACCAUCUAUGUUAUCAAAUCCAGGAAUGUUUCUAUCUGACCUGCUUAAAAUUGCUGUUGAUAAAGCCCUGGCCAGUGCAAAUGGGCAUCUGGAUGUAUUCCUUCGUUUUUUUCUGGGCUUCUCAUUGGAGUCCAAUCACACUCUCUUAAAAGGCCUUCUUAAACAACCAGGAAGUAGCUCCGGUUGCACAGGAAAAGCCAUUAAGUACAUCAAACACAAGAUAAUGGAGAAUCCCUCUCCAGAGAGGUCCAUCAACCUGUUCCACUGUCUGAAUGAACUGGGUGACCAUUCUCUUAUCAAGGAAGUUCAGCAUUUUCUUAAUUCUGGAACAAUAAGAGGAACACGACUUUCACGCUCUCAGUGGUCAGCUGUUGCCUUUGUGUUGCUGACCUCAGAAGAGCUGGAUGUGUUUCACAUGAGCAAAUAUGCCAGAAUGUGCAGUGACAUUGAUGAAGUUCUUGUGAGGCUGCUGCCUGUGAUUGAAGCUUCUAAAACAGCACAUCUUCAUUACUGUAUACUGUCAGAGAAGUGUUGUAAAGCUUUAGCCUCAGCUGUCAGUUCAAAUAACUCCUGUCUUAGGGAGCUGAACUUAAAUGGAAAUGGACUUAAGGAUGAAGGAGCGAUGGACUUCUUUUCUGGUCUAGAGAGUCCACAUUGUAAACUGGAGGUACUGAGGCUUGCAAACUGUAAACUGACAGACAAAAGUUGUUCUGUUAUGGCUGUAGCGCUUAAAACUAAAUUAUUGAGCUUGAAAGAGCUCAGUCUGAAUUGCAAUAACCUGCAGGACACAGGAGUAAAGCAGCUUGCUGCUGGAUUGCAGAAUUCAUACUGUAAACUGGAGAUAUUUAAGCUAUGGAAUUGUGGCUUUACUGAUGAAGGUUGUACUGCCCUGGCCUCAGCUUUGAAUUCUAACCCUUUCCACCUGAGAGAAGUUUAUCUGGAUAGAAAUAAACUUGGAGACAAAGGAAUUAAUCUGCUCUUGGAUGUGUUGAAGAAUCCAUGCUGUAAACUGGAGAUACUGAGUAUGAUCAGAUGUGGUGUGACAGAUAAAGGUUGUUCUGCUCUGGCAUCAGCUUUGACAUCAAACCCCUCACACUUGAGAGAACUGGAUUUAUCAGAGAAUAAACUUGGAGACUCGGGAGUGAAGAAGCUCUCUGGUGGACUUGCAAAUCCUCACUGCAAGCUGAAAAUACUGAGACUGAUGCAUUGUGGCAUCACUCAAGAAGGUUGUGCAGCUCUGAGAUCAACCUGUUCACACUUCAUAGAUCUGGAUCUGUCUGGGAAUAAACUAGGAGAUUCGGGUGUGAAGCAGCUUUCGGCUGGACAUUUCUGUAAUAUUGAGAUACUAAGGCUGAUGAAUUGUGGUGUCACAGAUGAAGGCUGUGCUGCUCUGGCUUCAGUUAUGAAAUCAAAUUCAACAGACCUGAAAGAGCUUUAUCUUGAUAAGAAUGAGCUCAGAGACUCAGGAGUGAAGGUACUCUCUGCUGCUCUGGAGCACCCUCACUGUAAACUGGAGACAUUAAAGCUGUGGGAUUGUGGUAUUACUGAUGAAGGUUGUGCUGCUCUGGCUGCAGCUUUGACAUCAAGCCCCUCACAUUUGAGAAAUCUUUAUCUAUUUGGGAAUAAACUUGGGUACUCUGCAGUGAAGCUGCUCUCUGACCUAAGCGAUGAUCCACAAAACAAAUUAGAGAAUUUUGAUUUAUACUAGAUGCUGUCCUUUAAGAACUGAAGAGUUGCUGUGACUGUAACUUCUGCACACAUCUGAAUGUCUGAACACAACUGAAGCAUGAUAACCCACCUGCUCAUGCUUAGCGCAUCUGUCACUCAUCUUUGUUUUUCAGGGAUUUUUUUUUGUGAAUUAUCAUGCUACAAAAUAUUUUAUGAAUUGU